AGUUUUUGGCUACUCAAAUACACAUAGAUCCAAUCAAAUCUCGUUUAUAAUUUUCUCAAGAACAACCACUCAAAAUGGAUAUGAGCGGUGAUGUGCCCCUGGGCGGAGACAUGGUCCAGCUUACUUGCAAGAUUGUUGAUCCGGAAAUGAACGGAGGUCUUCGCUACAAGGCAUGGACUCACCAUCGUGAGUCUGUCCUUCAGCGUCUUGGUGCUUGGCAACUCGUGGCAUCUGGACCGGACUUUGCCACUUUCAACGUCCCGCGUGCGAUUGUGGAGGCUGCUGCCACGGAGCGCCAGGCCAAAAUUCCCAAGGAAGAGCGCCGCUAUUGGGGAGAUCGAUCUGAUUUCUGCCGCUGCCUCGAGACUGUCUUGAAUGAGCAAGAGCCAAAGCCACACAGCGCCCCUGCGCCUUCGUCCUACCUCCUUUUCUGCCAGGACAAGCGCCAGGAACACAAGGAGACUGGAAACACGGCCCCCCUCGACGUCAAGGAACUUGGUGCCAUGUGGCGUGCUCUGAGCGAUGAAGAGCGUAAGCCUUGGGUUGACAAGGCUGAGCAGCUCAAGGCCUCCGGCGCUACUCUUGGCAUCACUGGCCGCAAGCGCUCUAAGGCUAAGGGAUCCGGCCUGGGUACUACCACUCCUAUUCAGCCCCUCCCACCUGCAGUCCAGGCUUGCUGCAGCGAAAAUGGUUUGGACGACGUAGAUGUUCUCAUCAGACUGGUCGAGUCCAAGCAGCCCAUGGAGUUGAUGACCUACGAGCGACGCCUCCGUGUCAUCAUGAACCGUCUCCACGAGCUUCAGUUCCAGAUUGCCACCUCCCUCCCUGCCAAGAAGCGCCACAAGCCUUCCCACCAGCAGAUGAACCAGCACAUGGCUCACAUGAACCAGCAGCAAAUGCUUCAUCAGAUGCGAACCUUCGGAAAUUAAAGUGUGCUCCUUUUUUGGUUAACAGAUGAUCUUCCUUCGGAGAUCGUGCAAGAUGAAGGGAAAGUGCAAAUUAAUAUUACAGACCAUAUCUACUUGGGUCUGCUAUCUGAAGAUAAUGCUGCUGUUUCAAAGACAAGCUGUCAGCAAGAGUGUUGAUUUCUUUUCUCUCGUGUCGCUCUUGCUGAGUUGACAGCUUUGGUGAUGUGCUCUAAAUAAAUACUUGAUUAACUACG